GUAUGCCAUAUCGACUGAGGUCUUCAAACUACAGUAGCUUGGCUAAUUCACCUUAAGUAACGUUAGCUGCUCAAUUUACAUUUUAAAAAAAAAUGUCUCGAGUUCUAAUAGUUGGUGCUGGUCUUACUGGCAGUAUAUGUGCCUGUCUGCUGCGGAGGGAGCUGCCAAACAAGGUUAAAAUAGUCGUGUGGGACAAAUCUCGGGGUUCAGGAGGAAGAAUGUCCACAAGCAGAAGUCCAAAUAAUUCUGCAUGCACGGUUGACCUUGGUGCUCAAUACAUAAGUGCCACACCAUACUACGCUCGUAUUCACAGCAGUUUUUAUGAAGAACUCUUAGCACAAGACAUUUUAAAACCUCUCGUUGCUCCAGUUGAAAACAUGAUGUCUAAGGAAGAAGGAAUUAUGAACUACGUGACGCCCCAUGGGGUCUCGUCCAUCGUCAAACACUACCUCAAAGAGUCAGCAGGAGCAGAGGUGCUCUACGACCGACACGUCACUCACAUUCACCGGAAAGACACUGGCUGGGAAGUGUGUCACAAAGGGGGAGCAUCACAGCAGUUUGACAUUGUGGUUUUAACCAUGCCAGUACCCCAAAUACUUCAGCUGCAAGGAGACGUGGAAUCUUGGUGUGAAUUGCAGUGGACAGAUGUAUUUUUAGAUAUAGAAGCUAAAUUACAACAAAUAAAUUAGUUAUAAAACUGUUUC